GUGUGUGUGUCUGCGGGGAUGAGCGGCGCGUCAGGACGAGCAGCAAAAAAAAAAAAGAGAGAGAAAACAAGCGAGCAGCAGAGGGUGAGGUCUGCCCGGCUCAGCAAAGACAAAAACACAUCACUGCGAGGCUUUUUCUGUCAUGAAGUGAGGAGCCCUGCGGUCUGCGAGGACGCGUCUGUUCGCUGUUGUUUUCUGUGUAAAGAGCCUGAAAACACAAUCGUCGGAUCUACCGGAAUGGAGAGCUGCUGGCGCUGACGGUUCCCGAGCUCCCCUGAUAACAACAGGUCUGUCUACUCAGCCCAUCUUCCCCUCCAAAAUCUUUAAGCAACCGUCAAAGAGCUGGAGCCGAGACGAUCAAGCAUGGAUGUGCCCAGGAUGGCUGAGGGCCUCUUCAGCAGCACGUUGUCCUCGUCGGGCGGCGGCCAUCAUGUGCCUUCCUACCUGACGUUGGAGCAGAAGGCCGCCUUCGUGUUCGUGCUGCUGCUGUUCAUAUUCCUGGCCCUGCUCAUUGUGCGCUGUUUCCGCAUCCUGCUGGACCCGUACCGCAGUAUGCCCUCAUCCAACUGGACAGACCACACCGAGAAGGACACGUUUGAUUACCGCAUCGUCUAAGCGGUCCUGUGGGCGCAGAAAUGAGAGAGAAAAAUAAAUAGAUAAAUAAAAAAAGACUGAUUUGAUGCUUAAAAAGAGUACUUUUGCCCCCUCUAAGACCAAAUGACUGCUGAUUCACCAGGAAAAACAGCUUUCAGGAAGUCUUCUGAAAGUUCAGACUGAAAAGAAUUUCGACGGCGGAUUAUCGUCGUCGUAACGAGCACUUAACCAGAGUUCAACAGCUUCUCCCUGCCAAAUCAGACAAAUUCUCAAGACAAACCGGACUAUUCUAUGAAGAUUAUACUGUAUAUCAAACCACAAACUACCACGACCCUGAGUCCAAGUGACGCACCGGUUCACCCAUAACUCCCUUCCCCCCGCCAUCAGUUCUCUUGUGGACUACCUCGUUCCUCCUCCAUCUCAUGUGUGGAAGACUCAGUAUAUUCUCACAUCUCCACAGGGUCAAAUAUCUUUUGAGAUCCAAGCCAGUUGGAAAAUUAACAAGUGUUUACAUUUUAUCAUGUUUACGUCCUUUAGAGUUUUAUCGAUAAUGUAGACAAUCAGUGUUUAAAAUAGUCGAAGAAAAAACAAUUUCCUGAGUAAAUAGUCGGAGGUCGUUAAGGGUCUUUUGGUUUAUUUUGUUUUAAAUUUGUGGACAGACAUGAGAGGUCCAAAAGACUUUGUAUGAUUGAUAUGAUUCAGGCGAUGAGGAAUUUAAUGCCUUAUGUCUUUGUAAGAUAUAUUUGUGGUGGUCGUUACCUUCUAGAUAAUUAGGCGAGACCGUUAAAAAAGACUGGUAUCAAGGUCAUAAAGCAGGUUUAAUAAUCACAAAGAAGGAAACUGUGGUGGAAAAGUUCUCCCUUUAAAGUUUUUGGAGAGGUCUGAAUGGAUAGAUGCCAGCAGUGAGCUAACUAUAACUGUUGUGUGUGCGAUUUAAAAAAAAAAAAAAAAAAGUAUUUGUCCUCUCAGUCAUGGAGGGGUCUUUGGUGUCCAUGUCUUAGAUGUCAACAACCAAAAGAGGUAUUGAAGAAAAAAAAUGUUUACUGUGCUGUACCGUGUGCCUAAUUUGGGAACAAAAAAAAAGUUUAGAUUGAUGUUUUAGGAAAAAGAAAGACAAUGGGUUCAUAUUUUUGUCUUAAAUGUAGUUUUUUUCGGUGUAGUGCCCAUUUAAAGAGAUGAAACUUAACAGCAUUUUACUGCCUGCAGUUGGUAUAUUGACAGUUGGUAUGCCAGAUCUGCAGUGUUGAUAAUGAAGAUGAUGCUUUUUUCACAUCGAACCCUUUACGAACUGAUGUUGUGGCUCUUUCGUUGGGCAACUUUUUCAACUGUGCGCCUUAUAGUGUAGAUUGUUUACAGUAUCGUAGGUAGUGGAGACACUGGGAAUCAGCCAGUCACUGAUGCAACGGUGUCUUUGCACUUCACGGAGAUGUCAUUCAACCUGCUAAAAAGAAGAAAUAAAAACGUUCCCUGCUUUCAUUCCUGCCGGGACAGGAAGUGAACUCUGAUCCUUUCGACGACGUGUGAUGUUCUUGUGAUCUGCUGUGGCCUUUUCCUACCUAUCGCAGAUGUUGCGAUGUUGUGCUGAGGUGAUGUGUUUUCAUUUUUUUUUGUUUUUGUUUUUUCGGCAUGUACCUCUCGCAGAGUAUCCUCUCCAUGCAUGAUAAAUGGUGAAGUGCUUUAAUCCUGGUGUUGUAGCUGUGGGUCAGUUGCUCAAGCAGCUAUUUCCUGUCUGUACUGGAGCCUUUUUUGUUUCGAUCUGUUUGACGCCCGCAGCCGCCGUUGUUUUUUGUAAUAAAAAUGAUCAGAGUGUACAACUUC